AUGCCCUCGCCCGUGUUCUUUUCGCACCCGCCUCCGGGGUUUUCUAUUCUCUCCAUCUUGCGAGGUAUCCAGCUGUCUCUGAUCGGCUCUUACCGAGCGGCCUUGAACCCGAACCUGCUGAACACCAGGUACUACUCUAAAGCUCUCAACAUAAUGAAAUGGUCCAUAAUACUCCAUGUGAUAAUGAAUAUUCCACUGAUUGCAGCCACUAUCUUCCUCCGAUUUCUGGAGCUUUUUCUACUCUCGCACGAGACUGCGGCGCUAGUGCUAGACAAGCUCAAGUUCUUCCAGAUGCAUCUUCUCAACAUCAACCCGUUCCUGAUUAUGUCGUUCAGGUUCUUCACCAACGACUUGGACGAUGUGUAUUUCGAGUCGCUUCGUUUUGCAGACAAAGUGUACGCUCAAAAACAUCCAGAUAAACCAAAAACAUACGCAGCCAACUUAGAGCAUUGCGAAAAGUACAUGAAGACUGUCGCUCCCGACCCUAGACCUCAGACACCUUCGUAUUUGUUGCAACAGAUCAAUUUGCUGCAAUCUAGAUUCAUGAAAACCAGCUGGUUGUCCGAGGUGACAAACUUCAACGGGUUCGCUGAAUUCGCCGUGUCCUACAUCUACAACACCGGCUUGUCUAUAAUACUCUUCUUCCUAGCCAAGACGCCCUAUGUGGGUUCUCUUGUGUUCCCGGUGGCCACAUUCAGGAACCUCAACAGGUCUAUAGGAACGUUCUACGCACUUUUGGUAGUGUUUAUUACGUUUCUUCUACCGGAAACAUAUUCCUUGUUUCUGCUGAACACCAUCUUCGGCUCGAAACAGCUCAUGAUGCUUCUGCUGAGACCGUACUUCAAGUGUCUGCCUUUCAACUUUCAGCAGCGCGAGCAGUGGUACCUCUCAAGGAUAGGCUGUCUCUACGGGUUCAGUCUCAUGUUCUAUUUGUUGCUGAGACUGCCUAUUAUCGGCCUGCUGGUUUACGGUGUCGCAGAGGCAGCCACGGGCCAUCUCACCACCAAAAUCAGCGAUCCACCUCCAAACAUCACAGGCCCUCUUCUUCAGCGAUGGGCGCAGGAACAGUGUUUGUGGAACAAGGAGUACUAUGACGAGAUCAACGAUAUCAUGGGCGAUAUCGAGCCAACCAUCCCUGGAACAUUUAAAGAACGCACUGCAUGA